GGUACAUCACGUGACGUCACAUGUACACAAACAAACUUCUCGAUUUUCGAUUCCGUCUCCAGGCCGGUCCGUCUCCGUCAGAGCCGGGUGUCCGUGGUCGCUCCCGCGGGUGUGACGGUUCCGAGCGUCUCUCGGUGUUUGGUUCUGGUUCUGGUUCGGGACAUGGAGCCGGUGGAGAGCAUCAACGCGGGAGUUUCUCAGCGCCUCCACUCUGAUGGUCGGUGCAUAGAGAGGCGAAACUGGGCCGGGUUCUGGAUUCUUGGCCUGUGCAACAACUUUGCUUAUGUGGUGAUGCUGAGCGCCGCUCAUGACAUCCUGACCAAGCAAGAGUCCAAGAACUCCACAGCUUCUGCUUCCCCUACGCUGGUUGUUGACUCUCACGUUGGGAACAGCAGCAGUGGAACAAACUAUGACUGCAAUCCUGUUACCACUGGGGCCGUACUGCUGGCUGACAUCCUCCCAACGCUCUUCAUCAAGCUUCUAGCUCCGUUUUUCAUCCACAAAGUGCCUUAUGGAUUCCGAGUGUUGUUCUGUGUCUUCAUGACAGUAGCAAGUUUCCUGCUGGUGUCCUUUUCCUCUGCAGUAUGGCAAAGCAUUCUGGGAGUGAUCUUUGCCAGCUUUGGUGCAGGACUGGGAGAACUGUCCUUCCUCUCGCUCUCUGUCUUCUUCAACAGGAACGUCCUGGAGGGCUGGGGCUCAGGAACCGGAGGUGCUGGAGUUGCGGGGGCUCUCCUUUAUUCAGGCCUCAUCCAAGCUGGCCUGUCUCCCCGGGUGACCGUGCUGGUUAUGCUGGUGGUCCCAUUUUCCAUGCUCAUCAGCUACUGGUGCCUGCUGGUUCCUCCACCUUCACUGCCUCAGUGGAGCAGGAAGGAGGUCCCAUAUGCAGCUUUGGGCUCAGAGGAGGAUCAAGUGGAGGAGUCAGAGGAGGAGGAGGAGUCAGAGGAGGAGGAGGAGUCAGAGGAGGAGGAGGAGAGAUCACCAGCAGUGGACAGAAGCUCGGGAUCGUUCAUCUGCAGGGAGAAGAUGCAGGUCAUCAAGGGCUUGUUGAAGUUCAUGUUUCCACUGGGGCUGGUCUACUUCGCUGAGUACUUCAUCAACCAGGGUUUGAUGGAACUCCUGUUUUUUCCAAACUUUUUCCUCUCUCAUGCUGAUCAGUAUCGCUGGUACCAGACGACGUACCAGUUCGGCGUGUUUUUUUCUCGAUCCUCUCUUCGCUGUGUGAAGAUCCGCCGACUCUGGAUCCUCACUUCCCUGCAGUGGCUGAAUGCAGGAUUUCUGCUGCUGGCUGUGAGGUUCCAGUUCCUGCCCAACGCCUGGCUGGUGUUGGUCAUCAUCUUCUACGAGGGUCUGCUGGGGGGAGCUGCUUAUGUCAACACAUUCCACUUCAUCAGCAAGGAGACUGAAAGCAGACACAGAGAGUUCGCCAUGGCAGCUGCCAGCGUGGGAGACAGCUUUGGCAUAGCGCUGGCUGCAUGUGCAGCUUUUUUUGUCCACAGAUACUUCUGUUCUCUGUGAUGGAGCAGAACGACCAGCGAUCAGAAUGUGGGAGAAGAAAUACACCUCCACAAACAUGAGGACUUCUUAAAGUGGUUUAACCAACCAGAACUGUGAGAGAAGCAGAAACCACCGCAGACAACAGACCCUUUUCACCGUGACGUCAGACAAAAUGGCAACAGGGCCUGAAAUGUGAAUUGUUUCUUCUGGUUUACUGCUUUAGAGCGGCAAAGCUGACAGCUGAACGAUGUUCAACACAGUUUUACAUCAAUAAUGAAAGGUAACCUAACCUGUUUCAACAGAAAAAUGAUCCAUAUUUAUUUUAUGAAUGUCCUGCUGAACUGUAUUUUCAUUUCCUGUCUUGGAUCGUUUACAAAUCUAAAUACAAAUUUGAAUAAUCCUUCAUUUGAGGUUCCAUUGAAAAUAUUGACCUUUCAUUUGAGCAGAUAUUAUUCUAACGGUUUCUGUUUUGCUUGAUUUAAUUCAUACAUCAAAAACUG